GUUUGACUCGAACCUGCGCCGGAAGUAGAAGUCAGCCCGCGAGUUUCCAUUGAAGGGGAGACUACUUAAAACAACACAACAAAUAAAUCAUCUUUAAAUCACAAUUAAAAUAAGAGUUAAUUGCAAAUUACUUGAUCUCAAAACAGUGCUUAUACUAAAUAUAAAAAGAAAAACAACAGCCGCGGAAACACAAAAACAAGAACAGAAAACCAUGGGCAAAUGCCAUUCGACGCGUCAAGUGAAUUAAGCGAUUUUUAAAGCUUUACGCUAAAUGAAAUUUGAAUUGGCAAAGUGUUCACUUGUGUGUGCAAAUUAAAUUACGCAAAUCAAAUAAAUAUUUUAACGAAACCAAAAUAAAAGCCCAAAAUAGUACGGAGCGCAAAUAAAAAUGCUGUGCAAAAAUAACCAACCAUAGUGUAAAUAAUUCAACAAAUGUUUUAUAGCACCAGACAUAGAUAAAAUUAAACGCAGAAGAGAAAAGAAUCAAUAAAAAAAACAAUAACGCAACAACGAAUAUAACAAAAUGUUUAUUCUAACGGUAAUUAAAUUGCUGCUGAUUGCAUUGAAUAUAUUUCCCAGUCGCUUCACAAAUAGACGGAUUAUGUUUCUCAUCUACAUGACAAAUCUGGUGACGCACGUCAUGAUGGAUGAGCCACGUUUUGCGCAGCCGAUACCAAACGUCACCGUUGCUGUGGGUCGAGAUGCCAAUCUGCCCUGCGUUGUGGAGCAUUUGGGUGGCUAUAAGGUGGCCUGGAUUCACAUAGACAGGCAAAUGAUACUGACCAUCCACCGGCAUGUGAUAUCGCGGAUACCGAGAUACAGUAUCACCUACACGGACAACACGUGGCUGCUGCACGUGAAUCAGGCUCAUCAGGACGAUCGCGGCUACUACAUGUGCCAGGUCAACACCAACCCCAUGAUUAGCCAGGUGGGCUACCUACAGGUGGUCGUGCCCCCAAAUAUUUUGGACAUUGAGAGCACGCCGUCGUCGGUGGCGGUGCGUGAAAAUCAAAAUAUCAACAUGACGUGCCGAGCUGAUGGUUUCCCAGCCCCAAAAAUCAUUUGGAGACGCGAGGAUGGCGAGGAAAUUACCGUCGAAAAGAAGAAAAAAGUUCUCGUGUACGACGCCGAUGUCCUGCCGCUAACCAAAGUGAGUCGCAAUGAAAUGGGCGCCUAUUUGUGCAUCGCCACCAAUGGAGUACCGCCAUCGGUGUCCAAGCGGAUCAUUCUGGACGUGGAGUUUUCACCAAUGAUUUGGGUGCCGAAUCAACUUGUUGGCGCCCCAUCCGGCACAGAUGUAACCAUCGAUUGCCACACGGAGGCGCAUCCCAAAGCCAUUAUCUAUUGGGUGUACAAUUCGGUGAUGGUGUUGCCGAGCAAAAAGUAUAAAACCGACUACACGGAGAACUCCUAUCGUGCCCACAUGAAGCUGACGAUAAGAAACCUACAAUAUGGUGACUUUGGCAACUAUCGAUGCAUCUCGAAGAACUCGUUGGGGGAAACGGAAGGCUCCAUACGUGUUUACGAAAUACCAUUGCCAUCCACACCAUCCAAGCAGGUCACCCACACCACCGUCGAGUCCAGGGAGAACAAUAUCAUACCCUCAUCACGCAACGACACAACGAAAUCCCUGCAAACGGAUGUGGGAUAUGCCAUGAAGAACGAUUUGUAUCCUGGCUCGGCCUCCUCCUCAUCCUCGGGAGGCAGUUCCUCGGCGGCCUCGUCUUCCACCUCGAUGCAGACCUCGGCAUUGCCAGGAGGUGUGGCGGGAAAUAGUCUAUCAUCAAUGGGCUCCAAAGGAUCCUUGGCGAUAGGCAAGAGCACGUUCUACACAGAACGACCACCGAAUGAGUACGCCUCCUCGUCAGUGGCUGGCCUGCUGCUACAUAGAGCAUUGCUGUUCGGCUCUGGAAUCUAUCUGAUCCUGCUUUGAAAUCAAUAAGUCGUUUGAGCUAAUCAAUAAGCAUUUCGAAAAUGCAGCCAAAGGGGGUAGAAAAAAACGGGGGGAAUAGUUUAGGUACAUCAUCAUAUUUCAUAGCUGAAAGUAUAUCAAAAAUCCAAUAAUAAUAAUUAACAAACAAAA